AUGUCGUCUCAUCAGCAGGUUUCGAGGGAGGCAAGCAAGCUCGGUGCUCGAAUGUGCCGGCGGAAGACUGACGGUGAUUCAAGGAUGAUGGAUCUUGGACAUUUCAAUGCCUGUGUGCCAUCUACAGAGACCGGCAAGACAGUUCACCGACGUCGAAGGAAUUCCUCCAAAGGCCACCUUUACAUGUCGGCGCGGCGGCCUGACCAGCCUGAUCCCUUGCCUGAGCCAACAAAAGCUCAGGAGCCCUUGACGAGGCACACAAGCCUUCCGGCCAUCGUGGAUGUGAAGACUGAAGCCUUGCUGUUGUCUCGCCAGCUUCACUUGGACUUCCAGGAAGUCAAAGAUGCCGUGCAGGAGUUGAGACGGGAUCAUGCAACAUUGCCCAAUGGAGGCAUGGAGCUCGCCACCUUCCGGGAAUGCCUGUUGCGUGCCUUUAACGUCAAGGAUGUGGAUGCUCGACUCCUGGUAGAUGCGUACAGCCAGUGCAAGGUGGCAGAAGGUCCGGUCAGCCCGAAGCGUCUGCUCUCCUGGUAUCGAGACCACAUCUUCACUUUCAUGCAUGACCAAGAAAAUGAUCCCGCAAAGGAGAGCGCAGAUGCCUUGACCUUGGAGCUGGCUAAGAAGCAUCACUGCUCCUGCAUCGAGCUGGACAAGGUCAAGCUCAAGUUCGACCACUUCGACACUGACAAGUCGGGCCUCAUCGAGUUCAACGAGUUUGAAAACAUGAUGUACACGCUCCUACACUGCUCCAAUAAGUCAGACCUUCCCCAGAACCGGAUCGAGCGCUUUUGGCACGAAGUGGAUCUGGAUGGGAAUGGCUCGGUGGAUUUCACUGAGUUCACUGAGUGGUACCUCAAGUACUUUGCCCUUGCACAGGAGCAUGGCCCCAUUGAG